AUGGCAUCGAAAAUAAAACGGGAUCUCCGCAAAACUAAGAAACUAAUUAUUCGUCGAAACAACAUACUUGGCUCAGCGAGAUUGAUAAAGGUUUUCGAUACUAACUACGUGCAUGAAACUGAUUUUCCUCAAUUGAAGUUCCGCAUUGAGAAGCUGGAUUCUCUCUGGGACGAGUUUAAUGAUGUGCAAGCUGAGAUAGAACUAGAUCAUGAGGUUACUGAUGAGAUUGCUGAAGAAAGAGUGUCGUUUGAAGAAGUUUACUUUCAACUCAAAGGAUCUUUGACCAGUAAGCUCGUAAAUGUGACCCCAUCGACCACCUCUAUGUCCUCAUCGCCUGUCGCCCCACCUACACAGACCUUCAAUGUCCGCCUCCCGGAACUUAAAAUACCAGAGUUCAAGGGAGAUUUCGAUGAAUGGAUGAACUUUCAUGAUUUGUUCGUCAGUCUCAUUCACACCAAUCAGCACCUUUCAUCCAUUCAAAAAUUUCAAUAUUUGAAAGCGGUACUUCGGUUGGUACAAUCGCUAGCUGUAACUGCAACAAACUAUGGUAUUGCUUGGGAUCUUUUGAAAAGAAGGUUCGACAAUCGGAACUUUCUAAUAAAGCAACAUUUUUCUGCUCUGCUUUCCACUCCAUCGUUGAAGAAGGAAUCCUCAUCUGCACUUUCGGAUCUUGUUGAUACGUUUGAAAAGCACAUUGGCGUGCUUGAUAAGCUAGAAGAGACGAGGGAACACUGGAACUCUUUUUUGGUGGAACUUCUCAGUAGCAAGCUAGAUCAUACGUCAUUGAAAGAGUGGGAGAAUCAGUUGGUCGAAGAUGAAAGGCCAAAAUACAAAGAAUUAGUGUCAUUCAUCCAGAAACGGUCCCGAGUGCUACAAACCAUAACACUUUCUCAUACAUCGAUCGCUAAUAGUAAGACAGAUCUUCGCAUUCAUCGAGUGAAUGUUUCUUCUCAUUCCGCAAUUACAAGUGCGAAUGUAAAAAAUUGUGUGGUUUGUCGUAAAGAUACUCAUUCAACUUCGUCAUGUGAUGAAUUCCUAAAAUUACAACCGAAACAACGCUUCAGUAUAGCUAAAAGGCAUGGUCUGUGCUUGAACUGUUUGAGGUCUUCGCAUUUGGUGAAAGACUGCCCUUCUAGCUCUUGUCGGACAUGCAACAAGCGCCAUCACACAUUGUUGCAUAUAAACACUUCCAACACAUUGGCUGUUCAGGUUGGUGAACUAUCGGAAGCACAUAACCAACCAUUAUUUGCUUCACAAUCGGCCACGGUCGUCGAGUCGUCUUCGUCGGUUGGUGCGUGCAUUGUCGAUCAAUCGCACGUGGUCCCUCGGGUAAUGGGAACGUCGUCGGGAGGCCAAGGUUAUUCGUUAAGGAACGUGUCGCCGUCUCCAGUUGUACCGUCAGGGCCAGCUCAAGGAUUGGUGACAAGCUGCGCUGCUAUCACUCCUCCCACAUUCACUACAAACACGAAUACAACGAUUUUCAUGCUCACGGCCUAUGUUCGGGUUCGUGACAUUGAUGGAACCUACUCAUAUGCUCGAGCUCUGUUAGACUCUGCAUCCGAGCGUAAUUUUGUGACCGAAAAUCUCGCGCAACGACUGCGCCUCAAACGAGAAAGAGCAGAUGUCGACGUGUACGGAAUAGGAAACAGCGUACAACGUGUAACACAUUUGGUUUCGGUCAGUUUAUCGUCACGAGUAGGAACUUUCAACGCCAAUAUAGACUUUCUAGUACUACCCAGCUUGACUAGAAUUUUGCCGUCAACAACAGUCGAUGUUUCGAAUUGGAUAAUUCCUCGAAGCCUACCACUCGCCGACCCGAAGUUUAACAUCGCUCAUGGUAUUGACAUGAUCAUUGGCGUGCAAUGGUUUUUCACGCUAUUGGAAAACGAACAAAUUUCUUUGGGUCCUCAGCUACCAAUACUACGCAAAACAGUAUUUGGGUAUGCUGUUGCAGGCGAUCACGCAAACCAAUCGCCAGUUAAAAUAACUGUUUGCAACGCAGCGAUCACUAUCGAUAAUCUCGCUGCUGCAGCAUUAUCCCUGGAGGAGCAACAUUGUGAAAAUCACUUCCAGAAAACCCAUUCCAGAGCCCCUGACGGUCGGUACGAAGUGCGGUUGCCGAUUCGUGAAGAAAUGUUAUGCGAACUGGGAGAGUCAUCACCGGUUGCACAUCGCAGAUUCCAAGCCAUGGAGAAAAGAUUUGUCAUUAAUCCCACGCUACAUUCCGACUACUGUAAAUUCAUGGACGAAUAUCAGUCACUUGGACACAUGGAAACAGUCGAGCCAGAACCGUCUAUUCCCCACUUCUAUCUACCUCACCACGCUAUAUUGCGACCUGAUAGUGCAACGACUAAGACCCGAGUCGUUUUUGAUGGUUCGUGUAAAUCAACAAGCAAUCUGUCGCUCAACGAUAUUUGCUACAUCGGUCCGACAGUUCAGCCACCUCUUCUCGCCAUAAGCUUAAAUUUUCGGAUGCCCAAAUACGUUGUUACAGCUGAUGUCGAAAAAAUGUAUCGACAAAUCAGGGUGUACAAGCUAGAUCGCACGCUGCAGCAAAUAUUUUGGAGGAAAUCUCAGAGCGAAUCAUUGAAAACCUACCAACUUAAAACCGUUACUUACGGUACAGCAUGCGCACCAUUCCUCGCCACCCGUUGCUUGAACCAGCUCGCGGAUGACGAACAGGAUCAUUUUCCGUUGGCAGCUCGACUACUAAAGAAAUCCUUCUAUGUUGACGAUUGUUUGGCUGGAGAUGACGAUAAAGAUAGAACAAUCGAAAGCUGUAAGCAACUAAUUCAACUACUUGCUUCUGGGGGCUUCUUGCUCAGGAAAUGGAGCUCGAAUGAUCCAGAAAUCCUUUCCCACAUUCCGGAAUAUCUCCGUGAUAACCGAGAUGAUCUUGAAAUCGACAAAUCUAGCUCGGUCAAAACCCUCGGAUUAAUUUGGCAUCCACUCAUUGAUUCUUUUGGAUUCAAGGUUCCACUACUUUCACCCUCAAUACCAAUCACGAAAAGGAUAGCACUUUCGGAAAUGUCCAGGUUGUUUGAUCCCAUGGGACUUGUGGGAGCAGUAAUCGUGUCCGCCAAAAUCUAUUUACGUCCCUGUGGUCGAAUUCGUUUACUUGGGAUGAGGAGUUACCACUCGGCUAUCAAAACUGGUGGGAAACCUUUAGGACUGAAAUUCAAGUGCUUUCGACCUUGA